AUGAAAUUCUCUGCCAAGGUUGCAAGGGGAGUAUUCGCGGGGAUCAUCUACAUUGUACUCUAUGCGAAUUCGAUAUGCUACAAAUGUGCCACAAUUCCAGAUGAGAUAUACCACAAAUAUGAUGAGCAUCCUCUCUCCCUUUGUUACGGGAAAAGUGGUGUGGAUGAGGAUGAGGUGUGGUGGUGCGAAGUAUGUGAGAAAAGAUUAGAUCCAAGGGAAUGGUUCUACACAACAAAUAGCAGCGAUCAACGUUGCACCACAAUCCACCAUGAAUGUUUAUUCGGAGAUUCUGCUUUAUUUAAGGCUGGUCAUAUAUUUAGUGACAUGUGGAAGUUGUUGGUAACGAUAGUUGCUCUCGUCCCAUUUGUGGUAAGUGUCAUCGCCGUUGCCGACAUUCUGUAUACUUCAAAGUGCAUAGUUGGAACAGUGAGGGGCAUGCAACAUAUGUUGAAGAAGUUACGCUUCUUUGUUCUGUUCUUUGUCUCUCAAAAACCCCUUGGAGGCGCUCCUCAAAGCGCACAUCUCUUUACCGACGACGUAUUUGACUCUGUUACGAGAAAAGCCCAAGAUUCACCACAUCUGGGAUAA